AUGCCUCCUAAAAAUGCUUCCUUUGUGACUGAAUUCAUUCUAAUGGGGCUAACAGACUUACCAUAUCUCCAGCUCCCUCUGUUCUUCCUGUUUCUAGUCAUGUAUGUGAUCACUGUGUUGGGAAAUUUGGGCUUGGUAACUCUAAUCCUGCUGAAUUCACACCUGCACACUCCCAUGUACUUUUUCCUCUUGAAUUUGUCCUUCAUAGACCUCUGUUUUUCUUCUGUGUUUACACCCAAAAUGCUGAUUAACUUCACAUCAAAGACAAAUAUUAUCUCCUACAGCGGAUGUAUGACCCAGCUCUUCUUCCUCUGUGGUUUUGGUAUUUCUGAAUGUUAUAUGCUGACAUCAAUGGCCUAUGAUCGCUAUGUGGCCAUCUGUAACCCACUUUUAUAUAAUGUUGCCAUGUCCCCUAAAGUGUGUUUCAGCCUUAUGCUUGGUUCAUAUUUGAUGGCAUUUUCGGGUGCCAUGGCUAACACAGGGUGCGUGCUGAGACUGAAUUUCUGUGAUGCAGCCACUAUUAACCAUUAUUUGUGUGACAUGCUCCCUUUACUCCAACUGUCAUGCACCAGGACUUAUAUCAGUAAGGUGGUGCUUCUCAUUUCGGUAGGCAUUGAUAUCAUUGUGCCCAGUGUCACCAUCUUUGUCUCUUAUGGUUGCAUCCUGUCCAGCAUCCUGCGCAUCAGCUCUCCUGAGGGCAGGUCCAAAACCUUCAGCACCUGCAGUUCCCACAUAUUUGCUGUUUCUCUCUAUUUUGGAUCUGGUGCAUUUGCGUAUCUUAAACCAUCUUCUAUUGGGUCUGUGGAUGAGGGAAAAAUCUCUUCUGUCUUUUAUACCAAUGUGAUUCCUUUGAUGAACCCCUUCAUUUACAGCUUGAGGAACAAAGACGUUAAACUUGCUCUGAGAAAAACCCGAAGUGGGAGAACAUUUUGA